AGUGUUCGACAGAAUAUUCUGUUUGGCUCUCAAUAUAAUGAAGAGAAAUACAAUCGAGUGGUGAAAGCGUGCGCUUUGGACACAGAUUUCAAACUCUUUCCAUACGGCGACCAAACUCUAGUCGGCGAGAGAGGUGUGUUGUUGAGCGGCGGACAGAAGGCCCGCAUAACUCUGGCCCGGGCUCUGUACCACUCGGCAGACAUCUACCUCUUGGACGACCCCUUAAGUGCUGUCGACACACAUGUGGCCAAACAUCUCUUCCAGAAAUGUUGUGUUGAGUACUUGAAAGACAAGGCGACUAUUUUAGUGACGCAUAACAUCCAGUUUCUCAAAGACGCGCAUCAAAUACUUGUGCUCAACGACGGCGAGUGUGUGGCCAUCGGGUCCUACACUCAGCUCAAAGAGCGCGGCAUUGAUCUCAUGUCAUAUCAGAGACAAACCGAUGGACCAAAUGAUAAGAGAGCUAUAAAAAAGAGGACAUCUCUCACACCAUCGAUGGUCUCAUCCCUUAGUGAGGGAUCGGAAGUGACGGACGUUUGCGAACUGACAAAAGCGGACGAACAGGAAGUGAAGGCCGAACACAAAAUGAUUGGAUCCGUUGAGACCAAUGUUUAUAUGGAGUACAUUAAGGCCGGCGCUGGAACUCUGCUCGUUAUUCUGACCAUUUUGUUUUUAAUUGGUUCCCAAGUUUUCAAUCAGGGAAGUAUUUAUUGGUUGAGCUUAUGGACUAAUCACAUGAGAACAAACAAUGUUGAAGUGGAUCAGACAUACAAUAUAAUAAUCUACACGAGUCUAAUGUGUGGUCUGUUUGUGUCGGCCCUGUUGUCCACCAUUUGUUUCUACAUAAUGUGUAUGAGAUCUUCGGUUAAUCUCUAUAACCGAAUAUUCUAUGCAUUAUUGCGAUCACCGAUACAUCUGUUCGAGAGUUCGCCCAUCGCCCGGAGUCCGGUGUACUCUCACGUGAACACAACGCUGUGUGGGCUGACAUCGAUCCGUGCGUUUGGCGCACAGCAUAUGUUUGAGCGUCAGUUUGAAGUCCACCAAAACGACAACACCUCUACAUAUUUCCUAUUUGAGUGCAGUUCGGGAUCACUCGGAGUCUUAAUGGACAGCUUUAGUAUAGUAUAUUUUAGUGCUGUUAUCGCUUAUAUUAUGAUCAGUAGUGACCGUAUUAACGGAGAAAAUGCGGGGCUUUUGUUAACUUCAGGAUUAUCGAUGAUAAGUAUGAUUCAACUCAUUACUCAUUUAUCGUCCGCUACCGAAUCCCAUAUGACUUCUGUCGAGCGAGUGCUCGAAUACAUAGCCAUUAAACCCGAGGCAGAGCUCGAGUCCACUCCCGAUCGGAAACCACCCAAAGAUUGGCCACAAAUGGGAGAAAUAGUGUUCAAAGAUAUGAGUCUUCAAUACAACGAAUCG